UUGCAUCAGAAGUAUAGCACCAACACCUAAUUAGCUCUCUCCUGAGCCCAAAGUCACUGAGCCCAACUCUCCCUUCAUGAUGCAGUGUGUGGUUUGAGAUAAAUGAUAUAACAUUAAGCUCAAGGUGGUUGAGUCUCAAGCAGUAGGGAGGCGGAAGCAAGCCAAGGGAGCUCCGUGCCCACUGAUCCCACGGGACUCACUGAAGACACCGGAACUGUACUUGCAGUGUUGGGUUUUAAUGCACUCUGUAUUGUGGCUAUUUGUUUAACUGCUCAAGUGUAGACUGUGGGGAGACUGGAGAACAAGGGGUGGGCAGGGACACAGAAAUGUAAAGUACUGGGGAUAGUAUUGAGGUAGUCAAAUAAUGACAAAAUAUAUUUUUCUGUUAUUGAUUGUAUAUUUGGAGAAUAACAAUGAGAAAUGGGUGUAACUGCAAUAUUGCAUGCAAUUUUUUAUUUCACUAGAUAUGUCUCCCCUCAGCUAGCUCGCAUUCUCAGUUUGACGAGUUUGUGAGUACGAUUUAAAUCAAUCACACAUUUAUUUUGAUAGGUUAUUGAGUCAAAUAUUGGACCCAGGUAUGUUAAGUAUUGUAGUCAGUGUCUUACAUGUUUUGAGUAUGGUUAAUUACAUAGUCACAGGUAUAGUUUAGUGAGGGCUAGAAGGUAGGCAGUCCCAUUUGUGGGAUCCUACCCCCCCUCUGAUAUUUUGCCUUCCAUUAUUUCAACGCCAUAUGGUCUUUUUUCUCCCCCCUUCGUGUGUGUGUUACAGCACCCGGAUAGCAAGAUGAUGCAGAUCAACCUGACAGGCUUCCUGAAUGGGAAGAAUGCCCGGGAGUUCAUGAGGGACCUGUGGCCCCUGCUGCUGAGUGCCCAGGAGAACAUUGCUGGCAUCCCCUCUGCUUUUCUGGAACAGAAGAAAGAGGAAAUUAAACAGAGACAGAUUGAACAGGAGAAGCUAGCUUCACUGAAGAAGGUCGAUGAUGAUAAGAAGGAAAAGGACAAGGACAUCAGAGAGAGGGCACAGUCAAAAAGCCCAAGGAGGCGGAAGACAAGAUCGCCAUCACCACGGCGAAGGUCACCAGUGAAGAGGGAAAGGAAACGCAGUGCCUCGCGCUCCCCAAGGCGCAAACCCAGUCCAGUUGGUAGCAGUUCACCCCCUCCGCCCCUGAUGCAGCUGCCCACGAAACCCUUGGAGCAGCUUGUGGAGCCAGACACAUUAGGAAGAGCCCUGCCAGAACCAGUCAUCCAAGAAAUGUCUUCCACCUGUGACACAGUUGUAGAGGUGGUGAAAGCAGACGCAGUGACUGAAGUCAAAGAACUGUCGCCAGAGAAGAUUCACAAGAAAGAGGAAAGGCCCAGGUCUCGGGAAAGGGAGAAGGACAGCAGGAGGGAAAGACCUCACCAUCGUUCUCGUUCUCAUUCCCGCACUCGCAGGCGGCGCUCCCGUUCCAGAUCCUACUCCCCUCGCAGAAGACCGAGUCCAAGGAGGAGGAUGUCUCCUCGUCGAAGGAGCCCCCCUAGGCGCGGCCCCACUAGCUCCAGACACAGACAUAGACGCUCCCCUGUCCGCAGGAGGCGCUCCCGUUCUGCUUCCUCCUCUGGCAGCAGCUCCUCCGGCUCUCGCUCACCCAAAAAAGCAAUGAAAAGAAUAUCUAAUACACCACCCCGAAAACAGGUCCAUCAUCCUGACAACGCCAUGAGCCCUGCAGGGAAGGACAGGCGGUCACCAUCUCCACGGGCCAGACGGGGUAGAGGCUCUGCAUCACCAGCCAGAUCAUCUGGUUUCAAGCGAAAACAAGGAGGAAGAAGUGAUUCUCCACCUGAUAAUGCCAAGCCCAGACCGUCUGAUGGGUCUGAUUCAGAGGAGGAUAAAAAUGAGAAAGGGGCAACAGCAGAUUCGGUGCAGCAGCGACGUCAGUAUCGCAGACAGAAUCGACAGUCGUCUUCAGAUACGGGGUCUUCCUCCUCAGAAGACGAGGGGCCCAAGAGGCCAACAGCAGGGCCAGGUGCCAGAAAUGGGGAUGUCAGGAGGAGACGUAGUCGCACGCCCUCCCCACGGAGACGACACAGGGACGCCUCUCCAAGGAAAAGACGGUCUCCAUCUCCUGGGCGCAGACGUCGCACCCCGUCUCCCCCACGACGUCGCAGAUCUCCCUCUCCUCCUAGACGAAGGUCUCCCUCCCCACCUCCCCGUCGUCGUUCUCCAUCCCCCAGACGAUAUUCCCCCCCUAUCCAGCGUCGCUACAGUCCCUCACCCUUGCCCCCACAGAAGAGGAAGAUGUCUAGCUCUCCCACAAAACGCUCUUCUCCAGGGGCCAAGCGACGCCCCUCCAGGUCCCCCAAACGCAGAAGCUCUCCUGCUCAAAGGAGACGCGCAUCUCCAUCCUCAUCUCCACCCAGACACAGGAGGAGCCCCAUGUUGCCUUCUGUCAGGCAAAGCAGGGAUACAAGAUCCCCAGUUGCAGCAGCCAGCCGCCUCUCCCCGUCCCCUGCAAACCGCGGUCGCACUGUUAGGGGUUCCUCCAGUCCUCAGGGACGAUUCGAAACCUCCAGUACAUCUCCAUCUAACCAGCGAAGACAGCAGUCCCCCUCACACAGCGGCAAACCCAUCCGCAGAGUGUCCCGCACACCAGAGCCACGCAACAGCCAGAGACCAUCUCCAAGUCCCCAGCCCAUGAGGAGAGCAUCCUCCAGGUCCAGAUCUGUUUCCCCUCCACCAGCAGCUCAGAAACGUCCGGCCCCUGCAUCUGCCUCCCCCUCACCAUCUCGCUCAGCCAGUGGGUCUCCGCCACCAGCCAAAAAAGCCAGCAGUGGUUCAGGCAGUCAGUCCCCAAGCAAGAAUUCAGAUGUUGAUGGCAGUGCAAAGAAAAAGAAGAAGAAGAAGGAAAAGAAACACAAGAAAGAAAAGAAACAUAAGAAGCACAAGAAGCACAAGAAGGAGAAGAGUGGCAGCACUGUGACUGCAGAUGGACAAGAAAACCAGGCUGUGGAGGAGGAUGGAGACUCUCGAAAGGAAUCAGACAGCGAAGUAGAGGACAGCUUGGACGACCUGGAGAAGCACCUGCGAGAGAAGGCGCUGCGCUCCAUGAGGAAGGCCCAGAUGUCUCCGUCACAGAUGUCCUGAGAACGAGGGGCUUUCUUGUUUUGAAUUUUCCACUCACUAUUGAUGUUUGUCAUCAACCUGGUUCAGCUUUAGAAUGUACAAAUUGUUAAAUCUGGAGUCCUUUUUUUGUUUUCUUUUUACUGGUUUGGUACAUUCUGAAGAGUGUGUUUCAUUAAGAGCUUGAUUUGUCAGUUAGUGUACUAUCUUAACUGUAAAGAGGCCUGUGUUGUCCAUAAUUUUAAAAUUGAUGAGCAGGGAAACGGUUUCAGCUCAGAGGUUAGAGUUUGGCAGGUUUAAGAUAUUUUCCACAGUCUACAAUAGAUUCCAUUGAGAAAUGAUUGCAUGUGCAGUGAUUGUCUCUGAUGUGCAUGAACCACUGACCUUAUGGAGUGUAGAAGAAAACCAUACAAUAACAUACAGUAACAUACUGUUACUAUUGCCUUUCAUUAGUAGAGACAGUCGCACAGCCGUGUGAACUGUUGGAGGCCGUAACAGAAUGUCUUGUCCCAUAUUGUAACUUAAGAGGUGUUUAGCGUCGUUUAACCUGCUGUUUUUUUCUGACUUUAAAUUUGUCUUGUUUUAAGACUAAAACAAUCUGAUGUGACACAGAGUACGCGUUAAUUUUUUUUUUAACGGAUUGAUAUGCAAUUUUAUGUUGAUACCCCUGCACCACGCUAAUGUCUGUGGGACUGUUGUAUGAUUUGUAUUUAGUACUCCUGGCUCUUGUCAUCUUGUCAUCCUUUCAGAAUUAAAACCUUUUUAUAGGA